GGCCGGUUCACCAUCCCGGUUCCUGUUCCCCCCCUCCUCGCUUGAGACACACACACAGACCACUCCCCCCUCCCCCUCCCCAACGCCAUGAAGCUCGUCCGUUUCCUCCAGAAGCUCGUUUCCGAGACUGUCACCCUGGAACUGAAGACCGGCACCACCCUGACCGGCACCAUCUCCGGUGUGGACCCCCUGAUGAACACCUACCUGAAGUCCGUGCGCCUGGUGGCCAAGAACCAGGAGCCGCGCCACCUGGACCAGCUGACCGUCCGUGGCAGCACCAUUCGCUACUACAUCCUGCCGGACUCCCUGCCCCUGGACACCCUGCUCAUCGAUGACACCCCUCGGGCCAAGGUUGUGCGCAAGAAGAAGACCACCUCCCUGCGCGGUGGGAUCGGCGGCCGCGGUCGUGGUGGCUUCCGUGGUGGCCGUGGUGGCUUCCGUGGUGGCCGUGGUGGCUUCCGCGGGGGUCGCGGUGGCGGUGGUUUCGGCGGUCGCGGUGGCCGCAACUAAGCUGCCUAUGCUUUCGCCCCUUUUCUCCCCCCCUCCCCGCUGUGGGAUGUGUGGCCUUGACUGCACUUCCACUGCUCCUCCUCCCUCCGGUCCUUGCGUUUUCCUCCCUGCCCCUUCUUUCUUCUCUCCCCGUCUCCCUGCCCCCCCCCCCCCCCCCCC